CCGCCCAAGGUUGAAGCUCACCUCGCUCAGCUGCGCGUCCUCUACAUGUGCGUCUGCGUCGUAGCGUCCAGUCCAAAGCCGAGCUGCACUCGGCUCCUCGCAUGGCCGCCGGAGCGUGCUGCAAGUGUCCCGUCUCUCUGUCCGUGUUCAAGCGCUCUCUCUCGGUGGCACCGCGGGGCCCAGCGGCUCCCCGCUCACGCCUGGCGGGCUGGAGGCGCGGCGAGCGGGGCCUGCUGGAGGCGGCCCGGACCUCCAGCGCCCUCAGACCCGCGGGGUUCAGUCGUCACACGGUCUUCUUUUGUCUGUCGUGCCAGGAGUCCAUGAGCGACAGCCUGAGGACGUGUUAUGUCUACCUCAACCAAACCAGCAGGAGUUUUGCAGCUGUCAUUCAGGCCUUGGAUGGGGAGCUAAGACACGCCGUUUGCAUUUUCUACCUGGUGCUGCGGGCGCUGGACACCGUGGAGGACGACAUGAGCAUCCCCCUGGACAAGAAGGUCCCCAUGCUGAAUGAUUUCCACACCUACCUGUACCAGGACGCUUGGAACUUCAGCGAGAGUCGGGAGAAAGACCGGCAAGUCCUGGAAGACUUCCCCACGAUAUCACUGGAAUUCCGAAAUUUGGCUCAGGAAUACAGGGAGGUCAUCUCAGACAUCUGUCACCAAAUGGGAGCAGGAAUGGCCGAAUUCCUGGAGAAGAACGUGGACUCCAUGAAAGAGUGGGAUCAGUAUUGCCACUAUGUGGCAGGGCUCGUGGGCAUCGGCCUCUCUCGCCUGUUCUCGGCGUCCCGGCUGGAGGACCCUGAGGUGGGCUGGGACACGGGCUUGGCCAACUCUAUGGGGCUCUUCCUGCAGAAGACAAACAUCAUUCGAGAUUAUCUGGAGGACACGCAGCAGGGACGUGCUUUCUGGCCGCGAGAGGCGUGGAACCAGUUUGCAGACCGCUUGGAGGACUUGGCCCAGCCCGAUAAGCUGGAAUCAGCCCUGUCGUGUCUCAACCUGCUCGUCACUGAUGCUCUGCACCACGUGCCAGAUGUCAUCGCUUACCUGUCUCGCCUACGCAACCAGAGCGUCUUCAAUUUCUGCGCAAUUCCUCAGGUGAUGGCGAUAGCUACACUGUCAACGUGCUACAACAACCCCAUGGUGUUCCAGGGAGUGGUCAAAAUCCGAAAGGGCCAGGCUGUGACGCUCAUGAUGGAGGCGACCACCAUGCAGGCGGUGCAGAACAUCAUCAGCCAGUACAGCCAAGAGAUUCUGCACAAGGUCUCGCUUACCGACCCGUCACGGGACAAGACCCUGCGCAUCCUGGCUCUCAUCAGAGAGAAGUCGCAGUCCAGCCUUCCCAUUAGGAGCCCCCACCUGUCGCCCAUGUACUUGUCGGCCGCCAUGCUGCUGGCCGCCGUCAGCUGGCAGUACCUCAGUGCCACGGUGUCACAGGCCGACAUGCAAGGACAGUAAAUGCCCCCCCACACUGACUUAUGAUGGCCCCUCCUUCACUGCAGUGGGGGCCCACGUCCCCUAUGAACAGAGAAACCGCUAUUCUUUGUGGACAACAGCAAGUAGUAUCAGGGUAGCUGUGCAGGCCUGCAUUUGAAUGCAUCGCCUACAUAGUUCAAGUUAAAGUACCAGGGUUUUGUGUGCUUAAAAUCACCAGCAUAGAAUGGACUCUUGAUGUUUAUGUGCCCCUUUCUCUUUGAAUAUUGAUGUGAUUUAUGGGAAAAUGUCUGUUCAAAUUACGUCAUAAGCUAAGAGGAUAUAUCCCCUCUGUCUCUUUCAACUCCUUGUAGAACUGUAGAGCACUUCCCACUGGGCUUUAUUUUGAAAGGGAGGAAAAUCACUGCAAAUGUAUGUGUUCUGCAUAUUAAUGCAAGCUGCUAGAGAAAGUGUCCUUAAUGAGUAAAUAGAGCUUUGGUGAGUUGAAGAAAAUAACAGGCAAGCACAGAAACACAGAACCAAAGGUAAAGUUGUACAAACAUUGCUAUGUAAUGUGAACAUUAGAUUUAUAUGUACAUUUUGAGCAAAUAAAACGGUGAGAGGAUAUAAACAUGAUGGUUUAAAGCAUGGGUGGUAAAAACUUUUUCCACUGAGGGCCACAAUCUGAAAAGUCAAAUCUGUCCGGUUUCAUUUUGAUUCAUUUGCAAAAUCAAUACAAUAUAUAGAUUUUUUUUCAACCUUUAGGGCUCCCCUCAAGUUUGGUGCUGGGACCCUUAAGGGUCUCAGUCAUAAAAAUUUUAAAAAAUAAGUCAUAUAUUGUAAUUUUUUUAUAUAACUCUUAAAUCUCUGGAUCAACUUCAGGUCUAUCUGUUGAUAUAAAGUUGUGUGUGUGUGUUUUCUUGUAUUUCUACCCUUCUCGAGACAUCAACAAGGAAAAGUACCUUCCAUAUGAGGACCGGUGAACAAGUUAGGACAUAAAUCAUGGUCACAAUACAGAAAACCAUUGCAUCUAAUAGAGAAUGUCUCAUUUGCACCCCUGGUGGUGAAAUCUAUCAAAAUUAGGGUUGUUCCAAAAAGGAGGGAUUUUUCAAAUUGACUGUGUCGGGUUUUAAAAGAGCCCCCCCUCUGGUUAUAUAUGAAAUAACAAGUGUGCGUUAAAAAUUUUAAGUGCUCCCUCUCUGGCCAACAUAUGUAAUAACAAGUGUGUGUAAGAAAUUGAAAUGUGCCCCCUUUGGCCAAAAUUAAUCAAAUAAAUAUGUAUAUAGAGAUAUACUGUAAUUACUUAUUAACCAAUUACAAAUAAAAAAAAUUAACUAAAAGCUUACCUUUUUUAUAUUAGCAUAUUAU